AUGGAGGACCGAGCGUCGUCGAUCGAGGACAAGGAGAUGCGUCCGACGGGCAACGCGCUCGACGUGAUCCUCAUCCAGACGCUAGACGACGCCGACGCCUUCAUCUCGACCGAAUGGCACGUCAUGUUCGGCUGGUCGACGUGGAAGUCCAACGUCCGGGCCGGCGUCGGCGAUACCAUUGACGUCUAUGUCAACGAGACGCGGCUCAACGUCUCGAUGAAGUUGCUCGAGUACGGCCGGUGCACCUUCAACAACAUUGAGAACGAGUACCUCCCGCCCGUCGGCGUCGACUGGGCCGCGUGCAAGCUCAAGCGCGACGGGUCUCCCAACCGCGUCCGCUUCGAGCAUGUCCGCGCCUCCCGCACGUACACGCGCGUCAUCGAGUGCGACCUGUACGUCUGGCAACCCGACGACUUUGCGAUCAUCGCCGACCUCGAUGGCACGAUCACGAUCAGCGAUGUCGAGGGCCACAUCCGCACGCUGCGCUUGGGCCAGUACGACUACAUGCACACGGGCGUGUGUGCGUUCUUGACCAAGCUGCACAGCAUUGGCGCGCGGAUUCUGUACCUGACGGCGCGACCGCUCAACUGGGCGGGCGGGUCCCGCGUCCACCUCAAGGAAGCGCGGCAAGACGAGAUAGGGCUGCCGCCGGGACCUGUCAUCACCAACUCAAUGGGGCUCACGGGCGCGCUCUUUACCGAGGUCGUUCACAAGAACCCACACGUGUUCAAGGCCGGCAUCCUCCUCGGCAUCAAGGACGCCAUGGUGCGCGCCGGUCGCCGUAGUGACCACCCCGUCUUUGUCGCAGGGUUUGGCAACCGCCCGACGGAUACGGUCGCAUACACGGACGCGGGCGUGCCACUCAACACGUCGUUCUUGAUCGACCCCGAGUCCAAGCUGCAGGCCGAGGGCUCCGAGACAUACGCGUCCUACACUGACCCGAAAGCGCUGCUGUGGCUCCUCCCCAAGAUCAAGUACAAGGUACCCGUCGAGCACGUGCGCAGCAUCGACGAGCUCACGGCGAGCGAACUCGACCGCGAAGAAGAGAUGGAGCUACUGCACUACAUCCAGCGCGAGCGGCAGAGCUUGGUGCAAGAAGCCGCGGCCGCUGAUCAAGCCCAAGCCUCCGCCUUCCCCUCGAUGUAA